GCUUUCAACGCGUGGGUACUCAAACAAGCCUGAAUGCGCGGUCUGUUCAUUCUACGCGAGAAAAGUGGUGUUUUGUUUAGGAAAAAUCCUGCAAAUAAUCCAAGAGGUGAAAUUCUUUCUAUAUGCUCUUCGAAAUCUGAUUCAACUGAUAACGGUAGAUCCACAAUAUCAAAUCAGAUAUCUGCUUAUCAUUUUUCUCCGGGCGGCUAUAAAUUAUACUUUGCAUUAAAUUCAGGUGAUUUAUACUGCUUGGACUUUGCGAAGAACUGGUAUCAAUUAAUAGCGUCGUUGAAUCGUGGUAUUACAUAUAUAUGUUUAUGCGAACCACGUGGAUAUGUCCUUCUGGGUUUGAAUGAUAACAGCAUCAGAAUCUUAGACGAGGAGUCCGGAAAAGAGAUUAAUUCUUUGAAUGGUCAUACGUACAGGAUCUCUCAUAUAUCAGUUCAACCAGUUUCUGGUCGUUAUGGAUUAUCUACUGCCCUAAGUGAAACAAUAUUAUGGGAUCUCGACACUAGCACAUGUCGUUGCAGGUUACAUAUUGGCCAAAAAGUGAACAUAGUAUCAGUAACUUUCAUUCCACCUCGUGGUGAGCAAAUUAUAUCCUGUUUUCAAGAUGGAUCCAUUUACGUUUGGAGUACAGAUUCUCUUCAGUGUUUGUUAAGGCUUAGUAACAGUGAUUAUCCGAAUCAACUGUAUAGAACAAUUACAUUUACCAGCACAGGUCAUUAUUUAUUUGCAGCUGGUCGUUCACCAUUUGUCUACUUAUGGGAUUUAAAAGGAUAUGUAAACUGUUUAAGUCAAGACAGUCCAGAUGUAGAUAAUUCCAAUUCAAAUAAUCGGUUUUUACGAGAGUUAAUUAAACUUCCUGAGUCAAUUAAAUCAGUUCGUCGAAUUGAAUGGAUCCCUAAAUCUUGUUUGAUUGAUUUUAACCAAUUUUACCAUGAUUCUAUGAUAUGUGAUGAGUUAUCUGGUCUACUACUAUUACUUGGCACUGAUAAACGUUUACGUGUUUUGAUACGAACCCGCGAAAAUUGUAGAAAAUCAUUAGCUUGCACAGAAAAUUUGCCAAAGCAUCAACUGUCAAAGAACUCAACUCCUAUCUAUUGGAAAUGCUUGUUUACAUUUGGAUGUGGUUCAUUAGAAGACCCACUGUUAUCAUCAUUUAGUUUACCGGCUUACAGUAUUUUAAAUCUCUCUGAUUGCCAGGGAAAAGAACAGAAUAAAUCUUUCAGUUGUCAUUCACUAUUGGCUAUUCUUGAUGAUCAUGGCUUAUUACACAUAAAUGAUCUUUCAAUAGUAUUAAGCUUCCUCAAUAGUUCAUCAAUACCUGUAAUUAAAGUGAAAAAUGAGAUUUCAAAUGAAAAGUCUUCCUUCAAGCACAUAGAAAACAAUACAAGAAACGACUUUCCAACUUUUAAGAUGUCUAAAAGUUAUAAUAAACAUAUAUGUACAACAGAUUCAGGUACAUUACACAAAAAAGACCCUACUAAUGGUUUUUUGGAUCGCAAACGUUUACGUUUAUUACUUAGAGAGUUUGGGAAAUUUCCAAAUAAAUAUCGGUUAUUCAUUUGGCGUUCCGUUUUGCAAAUCCCAUGUAAUACCCAAGCUUUUAGCAUUCUACAGAAGAAAGGUAUGCAUCCAGCCUAUGAUUUAUUAUCUACGCGAUAUCCUAUGCGGAGUCAAAGAUUGUUGAAAACCUUGCAAAAAACUUGUUCAGCGUUGGCUUAUUGGUGUCCGUUGUUUGGUGAAACAGAUUGGUUACCGUUGUUUGUAUUUCCUUUUCUAAAAUUACAUAAGAAUAAUCUGUUGCAUGCAUUUGAAGUUGCAGCUACAGUACUGAUCAAUUGGUGCGGUACUUGGUUCGAAUUUUUCCCAAACCCCCCAAUUAAUAUUCUUUGCAUGAUUGAAAAUAUUAUCGCUUACGCGGAUCCAGAAUUGUAUCGUCAUUUUGUGCAAUAUAAUAUUACGACCGAGACUUAUGCUUGGCCGCUUCUGCAAACUGGUCUAAGUGAAAUAUUUAAUGAAGAUGAAUGGUUAUGUCUCUGGGAUUCCUUAAUAUGUUAUUCACCUAGUCUAUUACUUGCUGUGGUUGCAAGCUAUUCUAUCUGCGCUCGAGGACCACUUCUUAUGGUUCAGAAUACUGAUACAUUUGAAGCAUACUACCAUAGUCAAAGUACUUUACCAAUAUCAAAUAUUAUUGAGCGUGCUCAUCAAUUACUUACUUCAAUACCUUCAGAUAUACAUCCAGAAAGAUUAUUGUCUUCACUUAUACAAACGGAUACUCAAAAUAAAAACAAAGAAAAUACUUGCCCAUAUUUUCAACCACUGACAAGUCCAUACUAUCCAAUAAUCACUCGUUAUCCUAAAUUCAUUGUAAAUUAUCAUAUACAAGAACGUGAACGUAUACGAGAGGAAGAAAAAGAAUAUCUCAGGCAAAAUUCAUUUCUGAGUAAUUUUCCUUGCUUUAAUUACUGUGUAAUUAAACCCCUAAUGGUUCUUCCUCGUGGUCUACUGAAAAUCCACGGUCGUUUCCUCCAUAUUUAUGGCCGUGACAUUCCAUCCAAUAUCCCACUACCCCCAUACAUCACUAAUAAGGUUGACCUGACGCUAUCUACAAUAGCUGUGCAGAGUGAACGUAAUAUCAGUGAAUGUAAACGAGCAGGUUCAAUAAUCCGCCAGAUAUUUAAUGAUCUCGGAAAGUUUAUCAGACCGGGUUUGUCUACUCAAGAUAUUGAUGAUUUCGUUUUUAAUCAGUGUCUGAGUAAGUCAGUAUACCCAUCACCGUUAGGAUAUAAAGGUUUCCCAAAGUCGGUCUGCACAUCGGUAAAUGAAGUUGUUUGCCAUGGAAUCCCAAAAGAAUCACAAAUACUAAAAUUGGGUGACAUUAUGUCUGUGGAUAUAUCAGUUUAUAAUGGUUAUGUCCAUGGUGAUGCUUGUCACACCUUUGUAGUUGGUGUGGAUAAUUACUCUGAUUAUUGUGAUCUGGAAGCUGGUGCACGGAUAAAAACUGCUGUCUACUUGUGCACUGUUGCUCAAAAGUGCCGUGAUGCUGGUAUCAGUGUUUGCGGCCCCAAUGCUCUUUAUACAUCUAUUGCGGAAGCAGUCACGAAAUGCGCCGAUGCAUUUCAGUGCCGGGUUGUGGUAGGCGUAUGUGGACAUGGAAUCGGCCCAUUUUUGCAUGGACCACCAAAAGUAGUACAUUCAAUCCAUGAGUUAGCUUCCCAACCACUGGCACGUAUGCUACCUGGACAUAUGUUCACCGUCGAACCGUGUAUUUCUCUUCCUCUCAACAAGUCUGGGGUAAAAUUCAAACGGAACACAAGUUUUGCAGUUCCUGUUGUCUUGGAAGAUGGAUGGACAGUGGUUACUAGUGACAAAGCUUUGACAGCUCAGUUUGAACAUACCAUUUCAAUUACAAAUGAAGGGUGCAUAAUACUAACGUGA